AUGGCAGGAAGGGGCAGAGGCAGGGGCAGUACUAAUAGAUCUUUAACUCAUGAACAACUGCAAGCUCUCGGUAUUAGCCGCGGAGAUAAUACUCCACAAAUUCUAGCUCCACCACCUUUAUUUCCUAAGUUAGAAGCAAAACCAUUACCAUUAAAUUGUGAUGCAGCCACUGAUUACAUGGUAAUAGUAAGAGACCAAUUCAUAGAGUAUUUACAUGAAUCUCCUGCAUACGUAAAAGCGAAUACGCAAACAGAUGGCAUAGAACGGUAUUCUGAUAAGUAUAAACUUCUCGCUUUAGAUGCAAAAAAAGGCCGAACACUGGAUUGUGUUUGGGCUAACAUGCCACCAGAGAUACGGCCCCAUGCUGGUCGUGCUCGGACUAUAACCCGUAAGCGUAAAUUAGAUGAUCCUAUUGAAAUAGCUAAGAGAUUACAGACUUUAGAAAAGAAAGAAUCACAAGAAAAUCCUGUUGAUGACAUGGAAACUAAUGAAAAUGAGGAUGAAGUCAAGAAAGAAAAUGAAGAUAAUGAAGAACUGGAAGAUGAGCAGGAGCAAGAAGAAGAAAUUGAUGAUGGAACUGACUAUGCUAACAACUACUUUGAUAAUGGUGAAGACUAUGAGGAUGAAGAUGAUAACCUAGAUGAUGGACCUGUGUAU